AUGGGCCAUCGGUAUCACAGCACUCAGUCGCCACGCAACAGCAGCGGUGGCGUCUCAGACGAAGGUUUCAGCAAGCUCGUAUCGGAGACGAGCAAGGGCAUCUCGAGUUUCAAUCAGCUCACGCGCAGCAUUGCACAGAAGAUGUCACUGUUUGGGACACCGCAGGACUCACGCGCCAAUCACACGCAAAUUAAGGAGCUUACGGAGAAGGGCAACAAGAUCGCAGCCAAGAUCAGUCGUCGGCUGCAGGAGCUCACUCGUGGCGCCAAGGGCCCUAGUGGCCGCACAAGACGUACGCAAGUGAACAAGCUCUCGGCUGACUUUAAAAACCAGGCGCGUGUGUUUGAAGAGACUUGUGAACGGCUACUGAAUUCGGAACGACAGUCGGUGGAGUUUAUUCGCCGCUCGUCACAGAGCUUCAAGGGUGGAAGCGGAGGGGGUGGUGCAGAGUUCACUAACUACAGUGAAGACCAGAUCUAUGCACAAGCUAAUGUGGUCAUUUAUGAUGAAGACGAUCUACAGCGGAGAGAGGAUGACAUUAUCCAGAUCAAUCACCAGCUGCAUGAGGUAAAUGCAGCCUUUCAAGAGAUUGACGGCCUUGUGCAAGAUCAGGGAGAAACGGUUGUAGAGAUCGUGGACAACACAGAGACGGCCAAGGAUAAUGUAGAGAAGGGAUUGGAGGAGGUGCGGCAUGCGGAACAGCGUAGGAAUUGGUGUGCUUGCUCACGGAUGAAGCUAAUUUGCAUCGUCCUCUUUACGCUGCUCGUCUCCAUUGCCCUGAUGGGGAUCAUUUUCACCGCCAAAAAGUGA